CAUUUAAAGAUGGCGGAGUGCCUGGCCGCACGCCUGGCAGCCCAGGAGGAGCAGAUUCGGCUCCUCACCGGGGAGAUCUCGUCUCUCCGGGACGGGCUGGUUCGGGGUCUCGGCGAGGUCGUCACGCCGGAGCUGGAGAGCCUGCGGUCGGAGAACGAGAAGCUGCGGUACCGGCUGGUGCACCUGCGGAGGAGUCUGCAGCUGGAGCAGCAGCUGCAGCAGCAGCAGGGCGAGAAGCCGCAGAGCAAAGCCGCGGAGAAACCCCCCAACAAACCCCUGCAGACCCGCCACCGAGCCGAGCCCGGGGCGGAGACCCCGGACACCAAAGCAAGGGAUGGAAACAACAAGAAGGAGAAGAAGAAGCAGGAUAAGGGACAGUCGGUCCCGGGGAUGAAGGAGCUGGACCCCUGGCCCGGCUACAUCCCUCAACGCCUCAGCCUGUAUGAGGAGCUGAAGAAGGAGAGCGAUGCCCUGCUGGCAGGGAAGGCUGCAGCCAGCAAGGCCAUAACCGUGGAGCUCCCGGAUGGGCGACGGGUUCCGGGGAAGUCGUGGGUCACCACGCCAUAUCAGCUGGCGUGUGAUAUCAGCCAGGGCCUGGCAGACAACGCGGUGAUUUCUCGAGUGGAUGGCGAGCUCUGGGAUCUGGACAGACCUCUUGAGAAGGACUGCUCUCUCCAGAUCUUACGCUUUGACAAUGAAGACGCUCAAGCUGUGUACUGGCACUCCAGCGCUCACAUCCUGGGGGAGGCAAUGGAGCGCUACUACGGGGGCUGUUUGUGUUACGGGCCGCCCAUCGAGAACGGUUUCUACUACGACAUGUUCCUGGACGGACCGAGGACAGUGUCGAGCUCCGAGUUCGGGGAUCUGGAGGCUUUGUGCAAAACGGUGGUGAAGGAGAAACAGCCCUUUGAGAGACUGGAGAUCAGCAAGCAGACGCUGCUAAAAAUGUUCAAGUACAACAAAUUCAAGUGUCGCAUUCUGAAUGAGAAAGUCACGACUCCCACCACUACAGUCUAUCGAUGCGGGCCCUUGAUUGACUUGUGCAGAGGUCCUCAUGUCAGACACACAGGAAAGAUCAAAGCUAUGAAGGUUUACAAGAACUCCUCUACCUACUGGGAGGGCCGCUCCGACAUGGAGACUCUCCAGAGGAUCUACGGGAUUUCCUUCCCAGACUCGAAGAUGCUGAAGGAGUGGGAGCGCUUUCAAGAGGAGGCCAAGAACCGAGACCAUCGCAAGAUCGGUAAAGACCAGGAGCUGUUCUUCUUCCACGAUCUGAGUCCCGGCAGCUGCUUCUUCAUGCCCCGCGGAGCCCACAUCUACAACACGCUGACGGAGUUCAUCAGGGAUGAGUACUGGAGAAGAGGCUUCCAGGAAGUAGCCUCCCCCAACAUCUAUAACAGCAAGCUGUGGGAGACAUCUGGCCACUGGCAGCACUACAGCGACAACAUGUUCUCCUUCCCCGUGGAGGAGGACGUCUUUGCCCUGAAGCCCAUGAACUGCCCCGGCCACUGCCUGAUGUUCAGUCACAGGCCGCGCUCGUGGCGAGAGCUUCCCGUCAGGCUGGCGGAUUUCGGGGUCCUGCACAGGAACGAGCUAUCGGGGACCCUGACCGGGCUGACCAGAGUGCGCCGCUUCCAGCAGGAUGACGCUCACAUCUUCUGCACGAUGGAUCAGAUUGAGUCGGAGAUGAAGGGGUGCCUGGACUUCCUACGUUGUGUUUACAACGUGUUCGGAUUCACCUUCCAGCUCUACCUCUCGACUCGUCCGGAAAAGUACCUUGGCGACAUCGCGGUGUGGAACCAGGCUGAGAAGCAACUGGAGAACAGCCUAAAUGAGUUUGGGGAGCCAUGGAAACUGAACCCGGGAGACGGGGCUUUUUACGGACCCAAGAUUGACAUUAAGAUCAAAGAUGCGAUUGGACGUUACCACCAAUGUGCAACCGUUCAGCUGGACUUCCAGCUGCCGAUCCGCUUCAACCUGACCUUUGUAGGGAAGGAUGGCGACGACAAAGCUCGACCAGUCAUCAUCCAUCGUGCCAUCCUGGGGUCGGUGGAGAGAAUGAUCGCUAUUCUCACUGAGAACUAUGCCGGAAAAUGGCCUCUGUGGCUCUCUCCACGUCAGGUGAUGUUGGUGCCUGUCAACCCGUCCUGCGAGGAGUACGCCAAGAUGGUGUGUAAGCAGUUCACAGAAGCUGGGUUCAUGGCAGACGCCGAUCUGGACUCUGGCUGUCUUCUUAACAAGAAGAUCCGAAAUGCUCAGUUGGCCCAGUACAACUUCAUCCUCGUGGUCGGCGAGAAGGAGAGAAUGACUAACGGCGUCAAUGUGCGCACGAGAGACAACAAGGUCCACGGAGAGCUGUCGGUCUCGGAGGUGAUGGCGCGCCUGACCCUCCUCAAACAGUCCCGCUGUCAACACGCAGAGGAGGAGUUUUGAUGAAGACGGAGAGCAGAGCGGUCCUUAGCGUUUGAUCACCUUGCUCUUGGCAUUACAGUUUACUAGAGUAGUAAAAAGGGCGGAUGAAGGCGAAGUGAAUGUGCGAAGAUGGAAUUGGCAAAGUGUAGAGAAAAUGGACAAAUGAAUGUUCAGUAAGUAAAUGUAACAAAUGAGAUGCAAAAAAGAAAAAGUUGAAAACCCUCCAUGUGUUUGUAGGAAUCUAUGUUGAAGUCGUCCACAUGUACUUGAAAGAACGUGACUUGAUAUCAGAGGAUAUCAUGUGAUCGCUGUCCUCAUGAAAACCUGAAACUGGCACUGACUUAUUUUUUACUAAGAACUGCCUUCAUGGGACAACCCAGAAAUAAAAUUAACCUGCCAAAUGUGCUUGUCUUUUUCUUUUAA